AUGGCCAUCCUUAAAGACCAAAUCGAAGUAGCAAUUCUCUUGGUUGAUUACGGUGCACCAUUAGGCCGUUGGGAUGAAUCUGAAUUAUCUCCUUUGGAAUAUGCCAUUAUUGGAAAUCAGGAAGAAAUGAUUUCACUUCUUCUAUCUCACAAUGCCUCGGUUAGCGAUACAAACCCCCAUGGCUUCACUCCACUUAUGAUAUCAAUCAUUUAUAACAACCCUUCUGCAGCAUCACUGCUACUUUGGUAUGGAGCUGACCCGGAUGCGCUGGUUACUGGCUAUAGAACAACAGGAGAACAGCUCGCAAUGGAUAUGGGGAGGGAGGAAAUUUCCCAAAUAAUUUUUUCGUGGAAAUACGAGAUCGAGCCUUCAAUGUUUGAAUAG